GUUCGUGGCAGAGAUCAGGUGGGUGCCAAGAUGGAUUUUAUGGAGCUGGAGAGGCAGCGAGGGAUCACUAUUCAAUCUGCAGCAACAUACGUCAUGUGGAAUGACUACAACAUCAAUAUCAUAGACACUCCUGGCCAUGUGGACUUCACGGUGGAAGUGGAGAGAGCUUUGAGAGUACUGGAUGGUGCCGUUCUGGUUUUAUGUGCUGUGGGUGGGGUGCAGAGCCAGACAUACACUGUGAACAGGCAGAUGAAGAGGUACAAUGUGCCCAGCUUGGCGUUUAUCAACAAACUGGAUCGACAGGGUUCGAAUCCUGCAAGAGUAUUGCAUCAGUUGAGAUCAAAAUUGCAUCACAAUGCUGCUUUCGUGAACAUUCCUAUUGGGCUAGAAAGUGAACAUAAAGGACUGGUUGACCUUAUUCAGGAGAAAGCCUUGUACUUUGAAGAGCCACAGGGGCUGAUCAUAAGAGAAGAUGAAAUCCCAGCUGAUAUGCGUGCAGAAGCAAGAGACAAACGACAAGAAUUGAUUGAAAUUAUUUCAAAUGUUGACGAACCGCUUGGUGAAAUGUUUCUGGAAGAAAAGACCCCAUCAGUACAAGAUAUAAUGGGCGCUAUCAGAAGAACAACGAUCAAACGUGAGUUUACACCAGUGCUGGUCGGUACAGCUCUCAAAAACAAAGGUGUUCAACCCUUGCUGGAUGCAAUAGUGAGUUACCUUCCCAAUCCUUCCGAGGUGACCAACAUUUGUCUGGACUGCACUGAUGGAGUUGAAAACCCUAAGAAGGUGGUUUUAAACCCAGCACGUUCAUCUGAAGCACCAUUUGUGGGUCUAGCAUUCAAACUGGAGGCUGGCAAGUUUGGGCAGCUAACCUACGUGAGGGUCUAUCAAGGAGGCCUGAAGAAAGGGGACACAAUCAUUAACACUAGAACUCAGAAAAAGACGAGAAUACAGAGACUUGUGCGAAUGAAUGCUGAUGAAAUGGAGGAUGUGAAUGAAGUGUUUGCUGGAGACAUCUGUGCUUUGUUUGGUAUUGACUGCUCUAGUGGAGACACUUUUGUCAUGCGAGGAAACCUCAAUCUCUCUAUGGAAUCUAUGUUUAUAGCUGACCCAGUUAUCUCGAUGUCAAUCAAGCCAGUCAAGAGCGCUGACAUAGAACAGUUCUCUAGGGGGAUCAGCAGGUUUUCCAAAGAAGACCCCACCUUCCGAGUAUUAUGGGAUAACGAGUCCAAGGAGACCAUUGCAUCAGGCAUGGGAGAGUUGCAUCUGGAUAUCUAUGCUCAGAGGCUGGAGCGAGAAUAUGGAGCUAAGUGUGUCUUAGGAAAACCCAAAGUAGCCUUUAGAGAGACACUGGUGGCACCUUGUCAGUUUGAUUAUCUGCACAAGAAGCAGUCCGGAGGUCAAGGACAGUAUGCCAGAGUUAUUGGCGUAGUGGAGCCCUUGCCUGUUGAAGAAAAUACAAAACUGGAUUUUGUCAGUGAGGUUGUUGGAACUAAUGUACCCAGGCAGUUCAUUCCCUCGGUGAAGGCUGGCUUCCUUCGAGUGUGUGAGAAGGGUGGACUGUCAGGACACAAAGUUACAGGCGUCAGGUUACGGUUACAAGAUGGUGCAAAUCAUUCAGUUGAUUCCAGUGAUCUUGCUUUUCAGCUUGCUACAGAAAUGGCUAUGAAAGAAGUUUUUGAAGAUGGUAAAUGGCAGAUCUUGGAACCAAUCAUGACAGUGGAGAUAACAGCCCCUGAGGAGUACAGGAGUGCAGUUAUAGAAAAUGUCUUGAAGAGAAGUGCAGUGAUUGUUGGCACUGACAAUAUAGAGGGUUCUUUUGUCCUCUAUUGUGAGGCCCCCUUGAAUGAAAUGUUUGGCUAUGCAACAGAACUGAGAUCUCUCACACAAGGGAAAGGCGAGUUUGCCAUGGAGUAUUGCCGCUACAGUCCAGCAUUGCCAUCAACGCAGGAGAAGCUGAUGCAGGAGUACCAGAAUGUCAUCAAUCCCCAACAGGAGAAGAAAAAGAAGAACUGA